AGAGAUACAAAAGAAAUUGAAACCUUCGGCAAGGAAUGGUUGGGGAGUGAACAAGGGGGAUGGAUAGCGUCGGUUGCUGGCAAACUCUGCCGCGAGUCUGACAAGUACAGGACGGCCGGUGCCCGUUUUUCGCAGCUGGUGGCUGAUACUUUCCAUGAUGUUCAGGGGGAAAAGGCACCAAAGCUCCGCAGCGGAGUCAAGUUUCAAUGUUGAUGAUGCGCUGGACGUGGAAGAAUUCCUCGAUACUGAUGAGCAAGAGGCGCUCGUGCAAUCUUUUGAAAGACAAAAUGCAAGGCAGGAGCGCAUUUGGCGGGGGUGUCUGUGUAGCUUGGCGCUUGGAUUGGCAUUGUUUUUUGCACAUUCUUCGUAUCGUCAGUCAAAUCACCCACUUUGGGAAACUAAAUAUCAUGCAGUAUUUGCGCCUGUUCUCGAAUCUGAGAGGGUCGUCAUGGCAGAUGCUCUCGGGUCCGCAUCAUUCGCUAUUUCUGGCCUUGGUCUUCUGAUUGGAGUGAAGAAGGUCCGGUGGUGGUGUUUUGGCUCUGCACUCUCCCUAGCACUUGGUGUUGGUGUUUUUUGGGGAUACUAUCUUCACAAGAUCCAAGAGUACCCCUGGUUGUUGCUGCUGCUUCCGAUUGCAGCUCCUGGGUUUGUCAUCUUGUGCAUCUAUGUGGAUCACAUGUUGGCUGAAACUGCGAGAGAGAUACAGAAGCUGCGGCUCUUCAUGUAUCGUUACAAAAAGGCGUAGAGAAGUUUUUGUUGCGGUUAGGGUGCUCUGAGUCUCACGAUGAGAGAAGAUGUUUACAUGUUUGCUGUCAGGAGAUCAGCUUUUCCUUCUUUAGACAGGUAAGACUGCUGGCGCUUUGCUUGAAAGCCCCAAUGCAGCGAUGUAAAAAUGCGUUGUUAGGCUCUCUUCCCCUCUCUUUCCUCCAUUCCCCGUGUAUGCUAGGGGCAAAGGUUGUAUGUCUGGCCCCGCCUUGUGCCGUUCUAAUCUCACCUGCAAUCGCUCUCUUAUUUCAGCUGGACCCUCGUCAAGGGUGCCCGCGUGGUGGAGGUUGUGGAAUUGCUGAUCUGAUCUCCCUCCUCCUACGUCACUUCGCCGGUCAUUCCUGUUGCUGCUUUGACCCUCGUCACCUCCCCCCACCUAGUGAGGGUUCUGAUUCCCCACUUCCCUCUGCAUGUCUGGCUGAGCCUCCUAUCAUUCCGAACCUCACCGUGGAGUACUUUUUUCGCUUGGUCCCACAGUGUCAAAGAAAGGCGCACCGCACAUUGCUUGGGCCCAGUGUGUCGAGGAAGGGUACCCAUAUCCAGUGGUUCUCUUGUACACGGCGCUCUCGGCCGUGGUCCUGGAGUUCUACCCUGUCUGUCGGCCGCCAGGGGGCGCUGUUCAUGUUUACUUCUGUGAGCAGCAGCUGCAGCACCAUCACCCAGCUUUCAGCAGUCUAAUCUCUUCUCUGUGGGCAUCUCAGCCCAAGAGUGUGUCUGACCCUCUUUUCGGACCACUUAGUCGGCUGGACCUGAGUGUACUCUGGGAGUCGAUGCGUUAGCAAGGAUGACGACUAUUCUCGUUCUUUGGCGAGUUUACCCUACCCUCCGUCUUGUUGAGUUGAAUCUGGACAUAUGUAGACCGACCCCGGCUUUGUUUGAGAAUAGGGUUGAGGCGACGGGAGCCCCAUUUGAGAGUUGGCUCGAGCAGUGACAGCGGGGUCUUCAAAGCCGCCCAGCCCUCUCUUCGGUUAAGUCUAGCCAAGUUAACCUGUGUGAACCAGAACAGAAGUUGAGCUCAGGUGGCUCAGGCGGUAUUGCCUCGAGUUGACCUCAUUCAGCUCAGGUGUUCAAAGCUCAAACCUUUGUCACGUACGGUUGAAUUGGGUUGGUGUGACUGCAAUUGUGGCAGUCUGAGUUGAGUUAAUAAGAGGUGACCUGAAUUGACAUGGUUAAGUUGAGCUGACCGGAGGUUCUGUGACUAACAUGAGUCGGACUGAGUUUCGACUUUGAUUGUGGUGGUCUUAGACUCUGAGACUUAACGACAGUAGACCUGAAUCCGAAUCCACGCACUCAGUAAAUCUGAGUUGGCAAGAUCGAUCUGAGACGAACCUGGGUCGGUCAACCUGAGUUAACCUAUAAGUCAAUCUGCAGUUGUGUUGAGUCGAGUUGAGUUGGCCUUAGUUGCUCGUAAAGGAAGGAGGACCUUAAAGCAGUCAAGCUGUUGCUGCUUUUCUCUCCUGGCAAUUUCAGAAGGGCCAAUUUCAACCGUCUCUCUCAUUGUUCCCGACCCGAUUUUCUAGAGCGGAUAGAAUUCACCCGAGUUGAUUCAACUGACCGCCGAUCCCCGACUUGACCUGAGCUGCGCUGGUCGACUUGGCGCUGGCUGGGCAGGACAGCCCUUCUGCAAGUUGGGUUGCGUUUUAGGAGAUGGAGAUUGACGCAAUGAUGCCGUGACUGCUCAACCAUUCGUCUGUGUUGGGACUGCGUUGUGCCAGAUGUG